AUGGCAAAGGCUCGCGUUAAGAAGCGCACUCACACCCGCCCCCAAAAUGCCUCUGCGGCACCCAAGGGUGGCGCGGCUGCUCUGACCAAGACUCCGAAGUCCAUGGUCAUUCGAGUCGGCGCUUCGCAAGUUGGUACUAGUGUUACUCAGCUUGUCAAAGAUGUCCGACGAAUGAUGGAGCCCGAUACCGCUGUGCGAUUGAAGGAACGCAAAUCUAACCGGCUGCGCGACUACACUGUGAUGGCUGGCCCUCUGGGCGUCACUCAUUUGAUGCUUUUCUCCAAGUCUAAGACCGGAAACACCAACAUGCGACUCGCGGUUACACCUCGUGGCCCUACCCUCCAUUUCCAAGUCGAGAACUACUCACUCUGCAAAGACGUGGAGCGAUCAAUGAAGCGCCCUCAAAGUGGUGGCCAGGACCACAAGACCCCCCCUCUGCUGGUCAUGAACAACUUCAAUACCGCCGAUGUCGAUGAAGACGCCAAAGUCCCGAAACGCCUGGAAGCGCUCACUACUACCAUCUUCCAAUCACUCUUCCCCCCGAUCAACCCCACAGCUACUCCCCUUUCUUCAAUUCGUCGUGUCAUGCUCCUGAACCGUGAACCGGCCGAGUCCGAAGGAGACGACUCCUACGUCUUGAGUCUGCGACACUAUGCGAUUGCCACAAAGAAAACCGGCGUCUCAAAACGUAUCCGUCGCCUGGACCCCAAGGAGAUUCGCAACAGAGAAAAGAAGAAGGCCGCUGUUCCCAACUUGGGUAAACUCGAGGAUGCUGCUGACUAUCUGCUGGACCCGUCUGCUGCUGGUUACACGUCUGCGAGUGAGACCGAGCUUGAUACCGAUGCCGAGGUGGAGAUUGCGGAGAGCACAACCCGGAAGAUCCUCAACAAGCGGGACGCACAACGCCAAAAGGCUAACGAGAAGGGAGAGAAGGCCGAUAAGAAGGACGCUACCCCGGGUGUUGAGAAGCGUGCAGUCAAGCUGGUCGAGCUUGGACCUCGCCUGAAGCUUCGACUUAUGAAGGUCGAGGAUGGUGUGUGCGAUGGCAAGAUCAUGUGGCACGACUAUGUCACCAAGUCUGCUGCCGAAGUUAGGAAGUUGGAUCAGAACUGGGCAGUUCGUCGCAAGGAGAAGGAGAAGCGCAAGAAGGAGCAAAAGGAGAACAUUGAGCGGAAGAAGAAGGACAAGGCCAAGGCUAGGGCCAAUGGCGAGAAGGUCAACGAUGAUGAAGACGACGAGGAGGAUGUUGAUAUGGACGACGAGAAUUGGCUUUCCGAUGACUUUGAUGAUGAAGGAGGGGACGAAGACGACUCGGAUGAGUCUAUGGAGGAGUGA